UUGUCAGCACUCCAGACCCUUUGCCAGUUCUCUCUUCUAGACUUGCCAGAAGCAACAGAGGACUAAAGAUGAAGAUCUUUUUCUUAUUCACUUUUUUGACUUUUUUGUUGUUUGCUUUUGAACAAGCAGCUGCUUAUGCUCACUAUGACAAGAUUUUAACUCACAGUCGAAUAAGGGCACGCGAUCAGGGCCCAAAUGUCUGUGCUCUUCAGCAAGUUAUGGGAACAAAAAAGAAAUACUUCAGCACUUGCAGAAACUGGUACCAGCAAUCCAUCUGUGGAAAGAAAGCAACUGUCUUAUAUGAGUGCUGUCCUGGCUAUAUGAAGAUGGAUGGUACGAGAGGAUGUCCUGCAGUUGCUCCUAUUGACCAUGUAUAUGGUACGCUUGGUAUUGUGGGAGCUACCACCACACAGCGCUACUCUGACAUGUCAAGGCUGAGAGAAGAGAUUGAGGGACGAGGAUCUUUCACUUUUUUUGCACCAAGCAAUGAAGCCUGGGACCAACUAGAUUCAGAAACUCACAGGAAUUUGGUUGACAAUGUAAAUAUUGAACUGUAUAAUUCUCUCCACCACCACAUGUUAAACAAGCGCAUGUUGACAAAAGAUCUGAAGAAUGGCAUGACUCUGGUGUCCAUGUAUAAUGGCCAGAAAUUGUUUGUUAACCACUAUCCUAAUGGGGUUGUUACUGUUAACUGUGCCAGGAUCAUCCAUGGCAACCAAAUUGCUACCAAUGGUGUUGUCCAUGUCAUUGAUCGUGUUCUGACUUCAGUUGCAAAUACCAUUCAAGAUUUCAUUGAAUUCGAGGAUGAUCUUUCUUCAUUUAGGGCUCCUGCCAUUACAUCAGGUGUCAUGGAUAUUCUUGGAAGACCUGGCCAUUACACAAUCUUUGCUCCUACUAAUGAAGCUUUUGAGAAACUUCCAAGGGGAGUUUUAGAAAGAAUCAUGGGUGACAAGGUGGCCUCUGAAGCUCUUGUGAAAUUCCAUAUACUAAACACUCUGCAGUGCUCUGAAGCCAUCACAGGUGGAGCUGUCUAUGAAACCUUGGAAGGAAACACUGUUGAAGUUGGUUGUGAUGGUGAAAGUCUGACUGUGAAUGGAGUGAAAAUGGUGAAACGCAAAGAUAUUGUUAGAAGCAAUGGCGUUAUCCACCUCAUUGAUCAAGUGCUAAUUCCUGAUUCUGCCAAACAAGUCAUUGAGCUUGGAGGUGCUCAGCAGACUACAUUUACGGACCUGGUGGCACAGCUAGGUCUAGCAUCAUCUCUAAGGCCAGAAGGCCAAUACACUCUCCUGGCACCUGUGAAUGGUGCUUUCUCAGAUGACACUUUAAGGCUGGAUCAACGUCUCCUUAAAACAAUCCUGCAGAAUCACAUUAUAAAAGUGAAAGUUGGGCUCAAUGAACUGUACAAUGGACAAGAGCUGGAAACAAUUGGAGGAAAACUACUCAGAGUCUUCGUGUAUCGCACAGCUGUAUGUAUUGAAAAUUCAUGCAUGGUCAGAGGAAGCAAAGAAGGAAGAAAUGGUUUCAUUCACAUCUUCAGACAGAUCAUCAAUCCAGCAGAAAAGACUUUGCAUGAAAUGCUGAGAAAUGAUAAGCGUUUUAGCAUUUUCCUCAGUCUGGUGAAAGCUGCAGAUUUGGAUGAUGUUCUGUCACGGCCUGGACAGUGGACCCUCUUUGUCCCAACUAAUGAUGCCUUUAAAGGUUUGACUGACGAUGACAAGGACAUACUGAUAAGAGACAAAAAUGCUCUCAGGAAUAUUCUUCUUUACCACUUGACACAAGGAGUUUUCAUCGGAAGUGGCUUUGAGCCUGGUGUAACAAAUAUUCUUAAAACCAUCCAAGGAGGCAAACUCUACUUGAAAACAGUGAAUGAUACUCUUCUAGUUAAUGAACUGAAAUCACGAGAAUCUGAUCUCAUGGCAACAAAUGGUGUUAUUCAUGUCAUUGACAAACUCCUAUAUCCAGCAGAGCUGCCUGUUGGAAAUGAUCAGCUGCUCACCAUACUGAAGAAGUUGAUUAAAUACAUUCAAAUUAAGUUUGUUCGUGACAGUACCUUCAAAGAGAUUCCACUGACAUUUUACAACCCAUCUAUCACACAGCUCACUAAAUUAAUUGAAGGGGAACCUGAGUUCAAAAUAGUCAGGGAAGGGGAGACAAUAACUAAAGUGAUUCAUGGAGAACCAAUUAUUAAAACAUACACCAAAAUCAUUGAUGGACGACCUGUGGAAGUGACAGAGAAAAAAGUAACAGAAGAAAGAAUUAUUCAAGGUCCUGAAAUAAAAUACACCAGAAUUACUGCAGGGGGUUCAGACAAUGAAGAGAAGUUAAAGAAAAUCCUUGAAGAAGAGGUUACCAAAGUGACCAAAUUUAUUGAAGGUGAUGGUCAUUUACUGGAAGAUGAAGAAAUCAAAAGACUUCUGCAGGGAGCUGGAACUGAGUACACCAAGGUUACUAAAGUAAUUGAGGGAGAGCCACAGAUUAUCGAGAGAGAAAUCAAGGAAGUUCAUCUGGAAGAAGCACCUGUACGGAAAGCACAACCAAACAGGAGGGCGCAAGGAGGAGGAGCAAGAAGGAGGACAAGACUAGAUCAUUCCUAAAAGCUUUCCAUGACAGAAUUCACAAAAUUACAAAUUAGCAACGUGGUGUUUGAGAGGAACUGUUUGGGUUGUUUUUUUUUUUUUUUAAAUGAGAACAUUAGAAAAUGAUGUUGUUUUGAUGACAUAAUGUAAACUGAACCAUGAAUCCACAAAAAGAUGUGAAGCUGCAGAUACAGACUGCCAGCACAGUGUUCACUAGGACUAGUCCAUUGGAGGUGCUCUUACUGCUCUUGAUAGUAAGGACUAUCAAGGGUGGGAUCCUGGAAGCCCAAAAACUUCUGCUAGAACCAGGAUUCCUUCUUCUGCUGGUUAGUAAGUGUUUGCAGGAUUGGAUUAAAAAUGAGCAGGGAACAAUACAGAGUGUAUUUUUUUAUUAUUAUUAUUUCCACUAAAUAAGAAAUAUAAGUGAAAUUAGAUAAUUUCUAGAAAAAAGAAAAUUAAUCACCUCAGGUGACUUUUAUAGUAAUCUAAGGAAAUAUGAGAUCUUAACACAGCACUUUUGGUUCAGUAAUAUUGUAUGCUUUUAUAUGUCAAAAUUCGUCAUGUGUUUAAAUUCGUAAUACCAGUAAUGUUACCUUUUCUAAUCAAACAAAUAUGCCUUAUAUUAAAUGUAUAAUGGGUUUUUUUGUCCUACAUUGCAUAUCCAAAUACCUUCUAGUAACUUGGCUAACGGAAGCUCUUCAAAAAAGAAAUAACACAAACAUUAGGAGCUUCUUGCAAUGUAUUAGAGAUCAUGUUGACUUCUUUAUUUAUAAGAAAUCACAUUCCCAUUAAAGGAAUCUUAUAACAAUACAUAUACUGAGAUUCUUGAGUGUUUUCCCAUUUUUCCCUAAAUAUGUCUUUUGAUUAUUAAAGUGGAUUAUAAAAGCAAUAAAUAAAAUGCAUGCAAACAGUUAACUCAGCAUGGAAAAAAGGUCUUAAAAAAUGAGGCCAGGUCUGAAAGCUUUUGUAUCAAAACAUGCUUUGCUAAUAUCUGGUACUAAUGUGGAGUUUUCUGUAAAUUAUGUCAAUUUUAUCACUCUAAUUUUGUACUCAUAGAAGUUGUCUGCCUUUAUGAACAAAAGGUGAAAGACAAUUAUUCAUGGAGUAGAAAAAACUUGUUCAAAGUUCCUUAAUUUUGCACACCAAAAUAUCAGAGGCAUUGUCUAACAUGCUUUUCUACUUCUGUUUUGAAACAAAUACUCAAUAAAGAAUUUGGCUGAACUGUG